AGAUGAGCGACUCGCCGCUCACUCACGAAUCCCAACCAUUCGUGUAUUCGCAUAGCAGAUCUCAGACGACAGCGAACGAGCCAUUCCCUCAUCGUCGUUCACUCUUUUUCUCGCUUUGUGUGCAGCGCUGCCUCCGUGGCAUGCCGCACAUUCGCACACAGCUGGCCAACGGUAGCAGACCCCCGACUGGAUCAAUGACGUACACAUCUUCCCACUUCGAAUGCUGGCGUGCAAGCAUUGCACAAUGCAAACGCUCUGGCAUGCUCCACCCAAUGAGGGCAAUGCAUACCUCCUCUCCCGAGUCAGGCGCGUGCUCAUCGCCCCGCACUCGUUUGGGAGUAUUUAGGUCCAGACGCACGCCCAUGACGUGACAGCUCCGCGCCUUCAAUCAACGUCGACGAAUGAUCCUCUGAAGCUCCUCGACUAAGUUGCGGUCCGCCCUCACCCACGCACACAACUUACCUGAUCCCUCAUGACGAUCAUUGGCGAUUACGCCGUGUGGCCCGCUGGUCUGCCGUGGAGCGCCACCACUUUGCUCUUGGCUGCAGUAGCCGGCCUCACCUUGGUCGUGCUCGUCGCAGCUCUGGCAUCCAUCGUGCCACCUGCCCCGCUAGCAGGCAUUCCCUCACCUCCAGGCGACUUUUUGACGGGCCACGUGUACAAGCGCACGGCGAACCCACCCAAACAAUUCCUCAAAUGGUCUCAAGAGCUCAAGAGCGGAGUUUUCCAGAUUCGACUUGGACGCAAACGCGUGCUGGUCAUCAAUACGGUUCGCGAAGCUCACGAACUGCUAGCCAAGCUGGGCGACUCUUUCUCCUCCAGGCCUACCCUCUUCACCUUUCACCAACAGGUCGUCAAGGGUCAAUUUGUCAAGCUGACUCUGGCCAGCGCACCUUGGGGUGAGGUCACGCAGCGCAAACGCAAAGCUGGCCUGCCCCCACUCAACAAUUCGCUCGUGGAGAGCUAUGUUCCCUUGCUCACAGUGAUGGGCAGGGAGCUGAUUCAAGGACUGCUCAGCGACUACCAAGCAUCCAACGAGAGGGUGGGAGAUGGUCAGAAUUGGGCUGUGCUCGAUUCUGCAGACACGAUUAGGAGAUUCACUCGCAUGGCGGCAAUUGGCGUCAACUUUGGAAUGACGCCAAAGGAAGUGGACGACUCGUGGAGGGAACUGGCUGCCACUUGGACCAACGGAUAUCAAGAUCCCACAAAGGAGCAAAUCGAAGCCGUCACGCCGGAAUUGCUGCACGAAAUGUCUACCUACAUUGGCAGAGGUUCCGACGUACGCUCUCAACACGGCAUGCCUCAGGACUGGCUUCCUCCCCUCAGAAUCUUUGGUCGGCCCGAAGAUGGGGAUGUGUGCGAGGCGGUGCUCAAACUGCGCACCAUCUACAUGAAUCGACUCUUGAAAGCGCUAAAGCAGCGUCAAGCGGAUGGAAAGGAUGUUCCGUCGGUGUUGGGCAACAUUGUCCUUCAAGAGAGGGUCAAGCUGAAUCACGACGAGAUGAUCAGCCUGUGCAACAGCAUGGCCGCCACAGGACUAGACCAGCAUUUCCACUCGGCAAUGCAAUGGGCCAUUGGCUUUCUUGCUGCUAAUCCGCAAGCGCAGAGCAAAGCUUACGAUGACCUCCUGCAGCAGCACAAGGGCGAGCGUUUCCCAGACUUUUCCCAAGCCAAGAGCGACUACUUGAUGGCCACCGUCAAGGAGAGUCUGCGAUUGAGCACUCCCCUGCGUCUCAGCAUGCCUCGUCUUACCAACGAAGACGUCGUCUGGCGUGGCAACAUCAUUCCAAAGG